CCACUGGUAGUCUUGAGCAAUGCCAGUAUUACUACCGAAGCGGCAAUACGAUUACGCAACAGCAAGGAAUUUUCUCGCGAUUGGAAUGUUCCCACGCCACUAGAACAGAAUGGGAGACACCAAACAGGGUCCAAGUUAUUGCCAGAGAUUAAUGCCCAAGGCAUGAUUAUAUUCUACUUACACAUUCCCAAAACUGGCGGGACGACCAUCAUGGAACCCUUUGAGAAAAAUCCUCAUUGGAGGUAUCGCAUGGUCUAUGGCUGGAACAAACAGGACAAGUAUCGUCAAGAAAUGUACCAAACAUUGGAAGAUUGGAAGCCGGGAAUGAAAAUCUUUUACGAAUAUCAUGCUGGAUUGAGUUCGCCCUACAUGGAUUUGACUGUUCGAGAAGAUCUCUUGAAAUGGCGUGCCAUGGCCCAAGUCCGCAAAAUCCCCUUCUUUGCGUUCACCGUGAUUCGCGAACCACUCUCCUUUGCCGUUUCUCAUUUCAAUUACUACUAUGCUUCUCGAAAAAAGGGCGACAUGCGAUACUUUUUUGUCCCGAAUCCCACCGAAGACGACUUUAUUCGAUUGACAUUACCCAAUCCACAAUGCCUCUUUUGCGUUCACACCGAAGAAGCCUACUAUCAAAGUUAUCGCGAACAGGGAAAACCCAUUGACGUACCCAAAGAAGGAUGUGAAGCCGUCUACGAAUCCUUCGCCACCGAACUCGAUUGGGUCGGAACCACCGAAGGACUCUCCAUGGAAACCUUUCCCCUUAUCGAACAUGUCGCCCACGUACGAUUCCAUCGAUCCAAAGUCAAGAAUAAAAGUCACGACAAAAUUGUCAAGAAUCAACUCUUGAAUUCCACCGUGGCAUACGUCCGAUCCAUUACUCAGUACGAUAUGGACAUGUACCAACGCGCCCAAACCGAUUUCCCCAUUACCAUGUGGGCCAAUUUUGAAGGACCGCACAAAACACGACCACCACACAAUCACACCAAUCUACACAUGGCACACUUUGAUACACCCGAUUUAUUGGGACAAGCAACACGGAAACGAGAACGGGAAGAAAAGUUGCGAAUGAAAAAAGAAAAGAAACAAAAGAAGAAACAAACGGCGGAACAGUAGUAGUACUGUAGGGUGCACUCUUUCAGAAAUACAAAGCUCGCUUCGAUUCGGCAACCAUGAUGGGUCACGGCAAGUGGCACUGUGCAGCAGGAUCGUAUUUUGAACGUUCGAAGGAUCAGCGCCGCCCUUGGGGUCUCUGUCGGUUCCAAAAGAACCAUCGUGAAUGGAUGUACCGGUAUGAUUGGGCAUUGGAUCAAAACAGUGGAUCGAAACAGUGCUCGCUUGCCGGUGAAUCUUUGUAAUGAUAUUUCACUAACUCUAAUAAUAUACGAGGGUACAGCGUUGAUCCAUCCACUCUCACCUGAAGGAAAGCUCACGGACU